AUGACGGCUGUGGAGUCUCUACCCCUACGGUGGCAGACGGGGGUAGGAACUCACCGGCCGCCCUGGGACGGGCGCCCCCGAUCGUGGAACAGUCGAUCUUAUGCCGCUCUUCGCCCGCUGAUCUUCUGCUUCCACCACCCGGAGGACAGGGUCUGCCCCUGGAGGCACGCCCGCGCGAUCAUCGGGGCAGUCGACGCGCGCCAGGCCCAGCUGGGCCUGCCCGCCGCCCAGGUCACGGAGCUGGCGGAGCUGGACCGGACCUCGGCCAAGACCACGGCCAGGCAGCUGGAGCAGGGCCUCGCGCCCCAGAUGCACGGCUACCAGGACACUGCCUUCCUCGGCGACCGCUUCCUGCGGGCGUUCCUGCGCGGACCGGGCGCCCGGGCGCACGGGGGCGGCUGGA